CCCGGCAGCCCUUCCGCAGCCGGCAGGAAGCAGGAAGGGCGUUGAUAUGGGAUGAGGUUCGAUACCGGUGGCAUUUUAGGGACCCCUCGGCCACCCGUAGGUCUCUGCUUCCAUCCCUGCAGCGCUCCGUCCCGCCGUGCCGGGGCCAUGGUGGUCCUGCGGGCCGGGCUGUGCCCUGGUCUCACUGAAGAGAUGAUCCAACUCCUCAGGGCAAGCAACAUCAGGACCGGUAACUUGGUGGGGGAUGUUGGUUCCUGCCCCUUUGGGGUAUCAGCACAUUCCACCCUUCUUGUUUCUGUGUCAUUUGUAGUGGUGGACUUUGUGUCAUCGGAUCUGGAGGACGUUGCCCAGAACUGUUCCCUGUCUUACAAGGCGCUGGUGGCUGUGCGCCGUGUGCUGCUGGCCCAGUUCUCAGCCUUCCCUACCAAUGGAGCAGACCUCUAUGAGGAGCUCAAGAGCUCCACUGCCAUCCUGCCAACUGGCAGCCCCAGCUUGGACCAGCUGCUGGAUGCAGGGCUUUACACCGGGGAGGUGACAGAGCUGGCAGGAGCACCAGGCAGUGGGAAAACACAGGUAUGCCUCAGCAUCGCGGCCAGCGUGUCCCUUGGCCUCAGGCAGCACGUUGUCUUCCUCGACUCCACGGGGGGGUUCACUGCUUCCCGCCUCUACCAGAUGCUCCAGUCCCACGUGGAGGACAAGGAGGAGCAGCUGGAGGCCCUGCAGCGGGUGCAGGUGAUCCGCGUGUUUGACAUCUACGAGAUGCUGCGUGCCCUGCAUGAAGUGCGGGACUGCCUCUCCCAACAGGUGGAGAGCUCGGCGGGGCCGCUCAAGGCAGUGCUCAUUGAUUCCGUGUCAGCCGUGCUGUCCCCACUGCUGGGUGGCCGGCAGUCAGAGGGCUUGGCCAUCAUGAUGCAACUGGCCCGGGAGCUGAAGACAUUGGCCAAGGAGUUCAGCGUGGCGGUGCUGGUGACCAACCAGGUGACAAGGGACAGCAGCACCGGCGCUCUCAAGUCAGCACUUGGCCGCUCCUGGAGCUUCGUGCCCAGCACCCGUGUGCUGCUGCAGGGCAGAGCAGCGCCGUGGGAGGAGGGCACUGCUCCACACACUGCCUGCUUGGCCAAGUCACCGCGCCAGCCAACAGGGAUGCAGGUGCAGCUGGAUAUUGGCAACGAUUAUGUGCAGGAACAGAGGCCAGCGACACCCACACCAUGACCCUGAUGGGGACAGAAAAGCAAAUGUCAAGGUCUGGGAGAGCUGUAAAAAAAACCAUGCAGACACUGAGCACAGACUGCCUCUGAGUCCCACAGCACAGAACAGUUCCUGUUCUUCUGCCUUGUGAGAAAACGUGUGUGGGGUUCCCUGGAGAGCUCUCUUGGCACAUGUGUGGUUGGCAUGGGGCAGGCAGGACCCCUCCUCUGCCACCAGUGGGGCUGUCCCAUCCUUGGCAUUGCAUUGGUUUGUGGUUUUGUUCCCACCUCAUAACUGCUGCCUUGGGCAGCCCAUGGUGCUCUUGGUUGAGAAAUAAAGGUGUUGCACACUGUUACAGUCCAAGG